AUGCCUUCGUUCGGGUCAUUCCUCAAGAAGAAGCGGACAAAGGAGGGCCACCCCGACAAGGACGGCCACAGCCACAGCAGUGCCAGCAACCCCACCAGCCCCGUCGCCCCCUCGGCGCCCGCCUCCAAGCUUUUCGACUCGUCGACGCUGCAGCAGCCGCGAGCGACCGGCGGUAGCCAUAGCAAUCACACCGGCGCAGGUAGUGGCAGCACAGGCGCAGGCACAGGCGCAGGCACAACGAUAGGCACAGCUCCAGCAGCAACAGGCCUUGGUCUAGGUCUAGGUCUAGGUCUGGCUGCUUCAGGCACCGCCGUCUCGCCUGGCUCCAUCUCGCCGUCUGCAUCCACUCCCAUUCCCGCCUCCGCACCCGCGUCCUCGAUCCCAGCCUCUGCGCCAGCCUCUGCGCAAGCUCCAGCUCCUGCCGCCUCUUCAGCCGAGCGAGACACGGCCAAGGCCGCUCCUCCCGUCUCCCCGACGUCGACGUCGACCUCGACCAUGAAUCCCGUCAACGUCCACUUCGGUCGCGUUCACCUGGUCCAGUCCAAGCACAACCAGCGCUUCUACGCCGUCAAAGUGCUCAAGAAGGCGCAAGUAGUCAAGAUGAAGCAAGUCGAGCACACAAACGACGAACGCCGCAUGUUGAGCGACGUCAAGCACCCUUUCCUCAUCACCCUGUGGGGUACCUUUCAAGACUGGAAGAACCUUUACAUGGUUAUGGAUUUCGUCGAGGGCGGUGAGCUGUUUUCGCUGCUAAGAAAAUCUGGGGUAUGA